CCUGAGCUGGAGCUCCCGCCGCCGCCGCCCUUGCCUCCGGCUCCUCGGCGCCCUGCCCUCGGCUCUCCGCCUUGCCCGCCCGCUCCCCCUGGCGGAGCCGGCGCGCCCCGGGGUGCGGCUCCCUGCCCUGCACUCCGCGCCUGGAGGUGCCUCGCCCCUCUCCUUCCCUCCUCGCAAUCUCCCCGUGGCUCAGGGCUCUCCCGAGUCUCGAGUCUCCGGCUCCUCGUCCUUCCACCUGUUUCCCCCAGAAAGGCAGGAUCCUGGUCCCUGCAACGUUCCUGGGGCCAUGGCAGGCCUGGGCCCCGGCGGAGGCGAUUCAGAAGGGGGACCCCGGCCCCUGUUUUGCAGAAAGGGGGCUCUGAGGCAGAAGGUGGUCCACGAAGUCAAGAGUCACAAGUUCACCGCCCGCUUCUUCAAGCAGCCAACCUUCUGCAGCCACUGCACCGACUUCAUCUGGGGCAUUGGAAAACAGGGCCUGCAAUGUCAAGUCUGCAGCUUUGUGGUUCAUCGACGAUGCCACGAAUUUGUGACCUUCGAGUGUCCAGGCGCUGGGAAGGGCCCCCAGACGGAUGACCCCCGCAACAAGCAUAAGUUCCGUCUACACAGCUACAGCAGCCCCACCUUUUGCGACCACUGUGGCUCCCUGCUCUACGGGCUGGUGCACCAGGGCAUGAAAUGCUCCUGCUGCGAGAUGAACGUGCACCGACGCUGUGUGCGCAGUGUGCCUUCUCUGUGCGGGGUGGACCACACCGAGCGCCGUGGGCGCCUGCAGCUGGAAAUCCGAGCACCUACUGCAGAUGAAAUUCAUGUCACAGUUGGCGAGGCCCGUAACCUCAUCCCAAUGGAUCCCAAUGGUCUGUCUGAUCCCUAUGUGAAGCUGAAGCUCAUCCCAGACCCUCGGAACUUGACAAAGCAGAAGACCCGGACGGUGAAAGCCACGCUAAACCCUGUGUGGAACGAGACCUUCGUGUUCAACCUGAAGCCGGGGGACGUGGAGCGCCGGCUCAGCGUGGAGGUGUGGGACUGGGACCGGACUUCCCGCAACGAUUUCAUGGGUGCCAUGUCCUUCGGGGUCUCGGAGCUGCUCAAGGCACCCGUGGAUGGCUGGUACAAGUUACUGAACCAGGAGGAGGGCGAGUAUUACAAUGUGCCUGUGGCUGAUGCUGACAACUGCAGCCUCCUCCAGAAGUUUGAGGCCUGUAACUACCCCCUGGAACUGUAUGAACGGGUGCGGAUGGGUCCUUCUUCCUCUCCCAUCCCCUCUCCAUCCCCUAGUCCCACCGACUCCAAGCGCUGUUUCUUUGGGACAAGCCCCGGACGUCUGCACAUCUCUGACUUCAGCUUCCUCAUGGUUCUAGGAAAAGGCAGUUUUGGGAAGGUGAUGCUGGCUGAGCGCAGGGGCUCAGAUGAGCUCUACGCCAUCAAGAUCCUGAAGAAGGAUGUGAUUGUCCAGGAUGACGAUGUGGACUGCACCCUGGUGGAGAAGCGAGUGCUGGCCCUGGGGGGCCGAGGCCCGGGAGGCCGGCCCCACUUUCUCACCCAACUGCACUCCACUUUCCAGACCCCGGAUCGCCUGUAUUUUGUGAUGGAGUAUGUCACCGGAGGCGACUUGAUGUACCACAUUCAGCAGUUGGGCAAAUUUAAGGAGCCUCAUGCAGCGUUCUACGCUGCCGAAAUCGCCAUCGGGCUCUUCUUCCUGCACAAUCAGGGCAUCAUCUACCGGGACUUGAAGCUAGACAACGUGAUGCUUGAUGCCGAAGGACACAUCAAAAUCACUGACUUUGGCAUGUGUAAGGAAAACGUCUUUCCCGGAACCACAACCCGCACUUUCUGCGGGACCCCAGACUACAUAGCCCCUGAGAUCAUCGCCUACCAGCCCUAUGGGAAGUCUGUUGAUUGGUGGUCCUUUGGGGUUCUGCUGUAUGAGAUGCUGGCGGGACAGCCCCCUUUUGAUGGGGAGGAUGAGGAAGAGCUCUUUCAGGCCAUCAUGGAACAAACAGUCACUUACCCCAAGUCGCUUUCCCGGGAAGCUGUGGCGAUCUGCAAGGGGUUCCUAACCAAGCACCCAGCGAAGCGCCUGGGCUCGGGGCCAGACGGGGAGCCUGCCAUCCGUGCUCACGGCUUUUUCCGCUGGAUGGACUGGGAGCGCUUGGAGCGACUGGAGAUCGCGCCUCCGUUCAGACCCCGCCCGUGUGGACGCAGCGGCGAGAACUUCGACAAAUUCUUCACGCGGGCUGCGCCAGCGCUGACCCCGCCAGACCGCCUAGUUUUGGCCAGCAUCGACCAGGCGGAUUUCCAAGGCUUCACCUACGUGAACCCGGAUUUCGUGCACCCGGACGCCCGCAGCCCCAUCAGCCCACCGGCUGUGCCCGUCAUGUAAUCUCUCCUGUCGCCACGAGGUGUCCCCAGCACUCCCUUCCCGCGCCGGCCUUAGCACCCACCCCCACCCCCCCUUUCCAAUUUAGAUCUUGCUCCCCAACAUUCUAGCCUCUGCCCUGUGGAUGCUAGAUGCCCCUCCCAAGCGUUCCUGGCAUUCUAAACUCCAUGCAGUCUCUAGGGCCUUACCGUGUUCUAGACUCUGCUGUGCUGAGCCCUGGAUUCUCACCCACCUCGGUAUUCUGGACUCUGCUCUACCAGGUUCCAGAACCAGUACCACUAUCUCAAUUCCAUGGGGUUCUAGACUCCAUUUUGGUAGAAUCUGUGCGUCUUGUUUUUCUUUUCUUUUCUUUUCUUUUCUUUUCUUUUCUUUUCUUUUCUUUUCUUUUCUUUUCUUUUCUUUCUUUCUUUUUUCUUUCUUUCUGGGAAAUAGUCUCAUGGGGUGGGCUGUUCCAGACUUGGAUUCCAGAACAAACCCCUACCUCUGACUUACCCCCCCUCCACCUCCACUCCAUUCUGGACUAAAUGGGAGGCUGUGCCCCCAUGCUCCAGCACUCCUUUUCUACACUCUAGGAAUUCCUGGGAUGUAUGAAGGAUUCUUACCCCAGCUGUUCUCAAUCAGCUUUUGUUCUAGACCCCCCACCCUAAACCCAUCACUGCUCGCCUGCCAGGUGCAUGGCUCCAGUCCUGCUCGGAACCCCCUCCCCACCAGCCCGUGCCUGCCACUCUCUGGGACUCUCCUCCUCCCCCCCCCCCCCCCCCCUGCGC